CCAGUGCCUCGCUCUCUUCUUGUGCGCGCGGAUCAUUCCUACGUUUCAUUCUGAGGACGGUGUUAAGACUGACAAAUCGGCAUGGCUUUCCCAAAGAACUUGUUCGUCUUGGUGUUUCUUAUUAUUGAUUCUCUCAGUUUUAAUGCCUGGGCCAAGGUGGACAUGACCAUGGCGGACAGCGUGGAGGUGUACCUGGACGACUCUGCAGACAUCCCCUGCCAGUACGUCUUCAGUGAACAGCCCCGAGCCGUCAUGAUCCAGUGGUUUGUGAGGAAUCCUGGCAGCAGUAACCGGGAGCGGAUCUACUACGGCGACGACACCCAGCAGAUAGUGGACAACGGGACGGACUUCAUGGGCCGUAUCACGGUGUCUGACAUUGGGGACAAGAUGGGCGUUCUGCUGACCAUCCAGGACGUCCAGCUCUCUGACGAGAGGGAGUUCUUCUGCCAGGUGAACGGCAUGGCCGCAGGCAACGGAGAAGGAAAGACCCACCUCAGGGUGUUCGAUCCACCAGAGGCCCCAAUAAUUGAAGGUGUUCUUGCUGGAAUCUCUGUGACCAAUGAGCUGCCAUCAAAGAUUGCAUCUUGUGAGGCCAGGAAUGGCUUUCCCAAACCCAACAUCACCUGGUACCGUGACAGCAACCCACUCAACCCCACACAUGGCAAGAUCAACGUGGUAACUCUGGUGACCUGGGAGUCCAGCGGCUUCUACUCUGUCCAGAGUGACCUCCAGUAUAAAGUGUCCAAGGAAGACAAGGACGCGCUGUUCUCCUGUGAGGUCAGCUACUACGUCCCAGGGGCUGCAAGGACGGCCGAGUCCAAGGGCAUCAAUAUCACUGUGCACUACCCCACGGCCGUCGUCAAGCUAUGGAUGGAAUCCCCCCAGGCCCUCGUCAAAGAGGGGGACACAGUGGAGCUCCGUUGCCAAGGGGAUGGCAACCCCCCACCGCCCUAUACUUUCAACCGAGAACAAGAGCCAGAGACGACAUUAGAAGCCAGAGACGGCAAAUUGGUGCUAAAGGAGGUGACGCGUGGGGACAGCGGAGUCUACCAGUGCCGCUCCCUGGACCUGGACACCUACGAGGAGGUCAUGGGAGACAUGCAGCUCAACGUCCACUAUUUGGACCCGGCUGUGGUGGUGCCCAAAGAUUCAGAGGUCAUGUUCAAAGGAGAGAGUCUGACUGCUACCUGCAAUGCUCUGUCUUCUCUGGAAACGGCCACGGUCUGGUUCAAGGACAGGCAGAGAGUUGGCACAGGCCACGUACUGCUUCUGCAGGAUGCCACUUACUCCACUGCCGGAGAAUACGUGUGUGAGGUGACUGUUCCUUCCCUGCCUGGACUGCAUACCUCCGGCUCUGUCCACAUCAUUGUCCAGGGGGCUCCCCAAAUGAAAGACUCUGACAGGGAGGUGGAGAUGGAGCAGGGACUGGGGAAGUGGGUGAACCUGAGCUGUGAGGCGCAUGCACACCCUCUGCCCUCCAUCUCCUGGAGCUUCAGCGGGAGCCAGGUAAAACUGGGCAGAGCAGAACCCAGGAGUUGGCGUGAGGUGCUGACCAGAGCCAAUGAGCACAACAUUAUCAGCCUGGUGUCCGUCAAAGUGACCUCUGACGUCACGGCCCUCUGCAACGCCACCAAUGAGAUGGGCACAGAGACAAAGUCCUUCAGCAUCAGAGCCAUUCCCAUGGUCACUUCAACUGCACCCUACUUGCCCGCUGAGGGCAACGGUGUGAUCAUCGUGGUCAUCAUCCUUUGUAUUCUCCUGCUGGCCAUCCUUGGCAGUGUGCUCUACUUCCUCCACAAGAAGGGCAAGAUACCAUGUGGCCGCUCUGGCAAGCAGGAGAUCACCAAGGAGAACGCUAACAAAGAUGAAAUUGUGGUGGAGAUGAAGACUGACACCAAGACCGAGGACACUGUCCUUCUGAAGGGCGUGAACGGAGACAAGAAUGGCCCCAGCAACCAGUAAAGUACAUGGACCUGAGGAAGUGACAUAUGCAGAGGGCUGAGCUCUGACACGGCCAACCAAAGCUCAUCACCACACCUCCACAUCAACCCAAAACCCAGGGCUAGACUUCUGGAAGGCUUAGGAAAAACAUCCCUGUCAAGACCCAAUCACCUCUAAUUCUUUUAGUUAAGCAGUAUUCAGCAUUGUGGCCAAGUUAAACGACAUAGAAACACACACUAUUAAUGUCAAGUUGUUGGAUAGAGGUUUGGAGGAUGUUCUGAUUGCUCUAUUUUACUGUUUAUGUUUUACUGUUUCCCCAAAGCCUUUCUACUCUUUUUCUUGUCCAUUUCUGAUGAUUACGUUCAUUAACUGUGCGUUACAAACUUUAUAAAGUGUAUAUAUUAUAUAUAUGUAGGUAUUUAAGGUAUUUUGACAGACCUUUCGAGUUCAAACUUCUUAAUAGCAAACACUUAUUACUUUAACUAUUCAUCUACGUUUUUUGUUCAGGCAAACCCCUACAUUUAUUUCAUGUCACCCAGCCAGGGCAGGGCUUCUAAAUACUGCGCCCUCCCCCCCAGUUCCUUUUCUGGUGACUUAAGUUGCCAACCCUAAAGUCACUAGCAUGAGAAUGAGGUAGAUGUAAAUCAAUUGCAAACUAGGGUGGGAUGUACUACCAGCCGUCACACUUCACUGGAUUAGUCCACUACAGUAAACAAGUAGUGAAUAUACUGCCAUUCAUCAGGUCGUCUACAACGCGCCAUUUUAACAAAGCUCUGCUACAACACUGUAUAUUCCCUUCAAUCUCAGACACUGUGAGAUAGAAUGUCAAUACGUUCCCCAUGGGCCAAUAUCUUUAAGUGAGAUGAUUGUGAAUACUGGUUCAUGACGCCAAUAUGUUCCCAAUGGACCAAUAUCUUUAAGUGAGAUGAUUGUGAAUACAGGUUCAUGACGCCAAUAUGUUCCCAAUGGACCAAUAUCUUUAAGUGACGUGUUCAGAGAGACGUACUAAAUGUGUUGUGGGUCUGUUUGUGUGUGCAGCACUAUAUUGGCUCCCUCAGGCUUUGGCACCUCAACACCAUCAUGGAGACGUCAAUAAGACAACUAGCGAUCUUCAAAUGAGCAGUUGUGAACCAAAGCUUUGCCACUUAUCUAGAGUGUUAUGGUUAGUCAGCAAGUUAUCAAUCCAGGUGUGUCAUUUUAUGUUGUGAACUACUGUCAAGCUCUUGUACUGUUUGUAAAUAAUCGUAGGAUAAGAACUGUUUGUAGCCAUGGCCAUCGAUUGUCUGUUUUGAAACGGCCUACUGUUUUAUAAUCUACAGUGCCUGUGGAAAUUUGUCUUAUUCUGAAAAUGUAAGAUACACUGAAAUGGUUAAUUUUUUUUCUGGUUUGAUGUAUUUCUGUGUUUGGGUGAGGGCCAAGGAGACCUCUCAAGUUCAUUUUUGUGUGAUCCAUUUUGGAUGCUUACUGUAUGUGUGCAGGGAAGAAGUAGCUGUGCUUGCUCCAAGACUGCCCAAUGACUUGUAUAAUGCACAGAAUGAUGUUACGAAAGCUAUUAUAAUUUGGGUAUUGUAUUAAACAGGUUCAAAUUGUACACAAUGUAUUUUGUGAUCCAAACAUUGCCAUUAAAGUAAUAUUUUAGUGGUCAUUGUAAGUUGUCAGUUGACAAUACUUCCAUUCUGUUCAGCCUGCUUAUGUCCGGCCACAAGAAUGAUGAUUAGCUUUAGGUAAACACAAGAAAAAACUACCCCUCAACUGUGUGCCUUUUUUUGUUCAGUCUAGUGUAGUUGUGUUAUAGUGUAGUUUCCUGAAUCUUUCGGAAAGAGGUCUGGAAUUAGGAGUGUUUGAGUCAUGGAUUCAUUUCACUCAGAUCACAACAGAAGCAAGGCUUGUGGACGCCAGUGGGUGGAAGGUCGGUUUUCAUGACAUAGGUUUGCUAUUGGCUCAGAAAGCAGGUUCAAAAAGAAAUGUUUUGUUGUUUGGAACAGCUAAGUGGACAGGAGUGUUUGGACCCACACAGUUCAUUGUUUUGUAAUGUUAUAAUUUUGCAAAUGUGUAUAAAUUAUGAACUGUUCUUGUGAUCUAAUGCUUGCAUUUUUUUUUAUAAUUGUUGUUUUGCAAGAAAAGAACGCCAAAUAAACAGUUACAUUUGACAUAACCUUUUCAAGAAAAGUUCAUAGCAUGAAGACAGAAGUAAAAACGUACCACUUCUGCAUUUCAGUGACUAAGGAACAACUGAAACGAUACAUUUCCACAUUGACAGCUUUAGCGUUCCAGUCUUCUAAUGGUCUUUAUCAGAGAUCCAGAAUGUGAUCACCAGGAGGAAAGAUAAUUUUUCCUUCUAACCACUUUCCUGGAGGGAGCAGUACAGUCACUCCAGAUUUCCAUGGGAAGAGGGGGAGGUUCAGCACAACAGACAAAACAUUGUUACAUUUGAACUCUGACUGUUACUGUAUUGGGAACAGUUAUUUGCAAGAAUUGCAUUGCUAAACCAUAUUUUUAAGUACUACAGUAUUAUGAGCAGUGACAAUAAUAUAGAAAUCAUCAAAUGUUAAAGAAAAUAUUGUUUAUUAUUUUAAUGGCUGAGGCAUGAACACAUGGCAACAUAAUGAAUGCUGAUUAUAUUAAAAUCAAUAAAUAAAAUCUUAUCUACACAUGCAAUAAAAAGGCAAUGAAAAGCUUUUUU